CAAAAAGGAAAAAGCUAAAAACACGACAAAACAAAACAAAAAACAGUGGCAUAUAAAUAUUUUCAGUAAAAAGGGAAGGAUUAGAAUUUACAAUAACAUAGUAUAAUAAAAUAUUCCACGAGUUUUAGUAACAUCCAAUUUGUUCGUGUUACCAAACACAACGUUAGAAUGCUGCAUCAGUUGGAAGCUGAGAAAAAGCACGCUCGGAAUAUUAAAAUGUAGAUUUGUGGUGUAAACGCAAUUGCCGAAGGCGACGGUUAGGUACGACAAUUUUCGCCGAUAGCCGGUGGUGCCGCCCGUCGCGUCCCCCUUUUCCUGAAAAUUCUCGAGAGAAAUCAUAUCAUCGUUCUAGGUUUCGUGCAAUUACCGUCAGAAUUUAUCUCUUACGGAUUCGAUAAUUCAAAGAGUCGAUUCUAAUCACAAGGUGUUUCAGCUGCGUUGCCGUUGAAAUUUGGCUGGAAGGGCAUUAAUUUGAGAUCUGUUUUAUGUUUAAUUGUUUGUUAGGAUUUUGACUUUUGCAUAAGAUAAUGGCAGCUUCAGGUGACGCAUGGGUAAGGGAAUAUAAUGAAGCAGUUAGACUUGCUGACGAUAUCACUAACAUGAUAUCUGAAAGAAGCUCACUGCCACCUUCUGGGCCAGAAUCACAGCGGCAUGCAUCGACCACACGGAGAAAAAUUACCAUAUUGGGAACCAGAUUGGAUAGCCUGCAGUCUCUUCUGCAAAAGCUUCAUGGAAAGCAAUCUCUGACAGAGAAGGAAAUGAAUCGUCGCCGUGACAUGGUAAAUAAUCUGAGAUCAAAAGUAACUCAGAUGGCUUCCGCAUUGAGCAUGUCAAACUUUGCUAAUAGAGACAGCUUACUUGGCCCGGAGAUAAAGCCUGCUGAUGCGAUGAGCAGAAUAAGUGGCCUUGACAACCAAGGGGUUGUUGGUCUUCAAAGACAAGUCAUGAGAGAGCAAGAUGAGGGUCUUGAAAAAUUGGAGGAGACAGUCAUAAGCACCAAACACAUUGCACUUGCAGUGAAUGAAGAACUCGAUCUGCAUACAAGACUGAUUGAUGAUCUUGAUCAACAUGUUGAGGUUACAGACUCCAGAUUACAGCGAGUACAAAAGAGGCUCGCAAUAUUGAACAAGCGGACUAAGGGUGGCUGCUCCUGCAUGUGUCUGUUUCUAUCAGUUAUAGGGAUUGUCGUUUUGGUUGCUGUUAUAUAUAUGCUAGUCAAAUAUUUGUAAAUUCGAGAAAAUAUAAUUUCUCUAUUUGUGUGUUUAUGUUUUCAAAGACGACUAUGAUUUGUUGGUUAAUGUUAUGUUGUGUGGAAAGCUUUGUAUGUAUUUUUCAACUGAGAUGAAUACGAUUCUUGUAUUGCUGAUUAA